GUGGGACUGAGUUUGCCAAUGCCCCGGCCUCGACGACGCCGACAGAACCUCCUCGGUGUAGACGACGGCGGCCUGGUGCACGUCGGCAACGCGACGAUUGACGCGGCGCUCACCCAGUGGCUUUCGGCGAGGCACGGCUCCCUGAAGUGCGACUAUGACUCUACGCCAGUCUACUUUGCGCCGAUGUCGCCCAACGGGAUCGGCAACAAGGUCCUCGCCCUGACGAUGUCCUUCCACCUCGCACUCAUGCAAGGGCGCGCCUUCGUGGUCACCGACUGGCCUCCCGCGACGCUUCCGACCUCGUACCCGCUGCAUGAGGUUGUCCGACCGUCCGCGUGCCAAGCCCUCUUUGACGAGGACCAGCGCGGGCGGCCCCCGAUCGCGAAGAGCACCAUCCGGUGGAGCCCUCUCACCACCGCCAGCCGCUUCAAGCACGCAUUCACACAGCCGCACUGGUGCCACCAGUCCACACGGCUCCUCGAAGUGCCGCCCGAGUGGGCGAGCCGCGUCUCGUGGCUGCAGUGGUGGCGCGCGCUCACCCAGCACCUCUACUCGCCGGGCCGCCGCCUCGCCGCGGGCAUGGCCGCCACGCUCCGCGCCGCAUCGCUGCUCCGCUCUCCGGCACCUCGAGCCGGGGCAGGCCGCGAGGAGGCGCCGCUCUGGGUCGCCCCGCCGCCUGCCGCUGGCGACCCGGCUGGCGGAGAAGCGAGCGACUCCCCCGCCUCCUCCUCCUCCGCCGCCGCCGCCGCCGCCGCUUCCUCCUCCUCCUCCUCC